UUGACAUCUUCUCAGUUUUCUAUUUGUUGUUUUGCGAAAAUUUUGUAGUUUUUGACAAACCAUUCUUUCUUGCAACUUUCAAGCAAUAAUACUGUCGGCAAUAAUCCCAACUUACUUAACUAGUGUUACUAAGAUAUUUAAAAGUGUCUUAACUACUUUUUGUGGUUGUAUAUUUCGCUGAUAACGCGGUUUAUUCCAUUUUCCAGAAGUGAGCAUACCCACAAAUACGAAUUUGUAUAAUACAAUAUGUUCAUGAGAACUAUCACUACUUUUCUUCGGUGGUAUGAGUAGUAAAAAUGUCUAACAUCAUGCACGUGGAACUUUAGGCAUCCUUGAAACAUAAUAAACAAUUUAACUAUCAAUAAACUUUUGUGCAAUUGCGAAAACACUAUCAACAUGUCUUCAAAAAACCUAAUGAAGUUAGAGAAAGCCAUGGAAUACAUGGAACCCAUGGAAGUAAACGAUUAUCUUCAAAAAACACUGGACUUUUUAAAAAGAAACAACAGUGAAGUAUACUUUCCCUCCAUUUCGCCUUACGUCGAGGCGUUUCUGGUAAAUUUGGUCACUGAUACAAGGAAUCUAAAGAGCAAGGCCUUCAAGCAUGUAGACAGAGUGCUUGCCGAGGAGAUAAUUGAAGUUCUGGAGAUGUCUCGUGAGGUGUUUCGUUGGACACACGCUUAUGAGAAUGGAAACCUCUUAGUGUACAAAAAGAUAUUUUCUAAUAAGAUUAAGAGAAAGCCAGUCAAGCUGAGCACCAUAGCUGACCGCCUAAUCCAAGCUAGAGCUUCAGCUCUCCGACGACCUCACACACGUGCUCCCCUGCAUCAUCAAGAACCCAACACCAUUCAACCCCACUCACAUGCAACCCAGUCACGCUCACCCAACCUUCCUCAAAACCAAGAACCCAAUAGUAUCUUCAAACUUAGAUUCCUAGACAAAACUUUAUGCUUUGUUAAAAGUACUCAAACCAAGUUGUCCUAUGAAGAAAUGCCUUUAAGCCAAGCGGAGUAUAUCUACAAUCUGUUGAAGUAUCGGGACAAGGAUGUUGGGUUCGGGUAUAAGUCGCUUUACGCACCGCUUUGGGACGCUAUGGAGGAGUGUGGGGAUUGUAAGUUUGAGGUGACGCUUAAGGAAACUAGUAGGACAGAGACGGCGGUUUUACUGCUUGAAAAAGUACCUAAAAAUAGCAACAAAUCUAAAAAAGAUAAAGAAAAACCUAAGACUAAUAAUGUUAGUGAGAAAAAGAAUAAAGAUGAAACACACAAGGACAAGAAUGUGUCAAAUAGUCCGCAUAAAGAAAAUAAACAUUCUAACAUCCAGAAUGAGCAGUCUCUAACCAACAGAUUUCUCGACCCGUAUUACGCUGACGCCGCAACCACUAUACCUUCUCUAAGCCUCCUUUCUAAUGUAACUGAGAAAUUCUUCAGCAAAACGGUGGUCGGCCUCACAGAGUUUGCGGACAACGAGAAUUGCAAGAUGAAGACGUUUAGUCAGCUUUCGGAGGGGGAGAUCAUGUUUGUGAAGGAGGUUUUAUCAUUUGCAGAAACCCAAACAGUGCGAGACAUGUUCAUGCCAAGAUACCGCAUUUUGCUGUGGAAACUAGAUCGUGUCGUGAAGGAGGCGUUGAUGACUUGCGAGUUGACUUAUACCGUCAUUGAGAAAGAUAGAAGUAUGACAUGGAUAAAAAUCCAAAAAUCUGCUGACGCAGUUUCAACAUCCCCAAACAACGAGUCCUCGGCGCUCCCACCACUAAAGCUUCUCACAAACAUAGCCGAGCCCUUCUUCAAACAAACCAUUAUUGCUCUAACGGAGUUCGCGGACGAUUCAAGCGUCUGUAGUCGUACAUUCUCUCAACUUAAGGACGAAGAAAUACUCUUCAUUAAAGAUAUUAGACAGUUGGCAGGUAACUCAAAGCACCGCGAAUUGUUCGACCCGCACUACCGAGACCUACUCUGGAGACUCAACUACAGCAUCAACGAAGCUGCCAAGAUCUGUAAGAUAACGACGAGCGUCAACGAAAAGGAAAGAAGCAUCACAUUAAAGAAAGCUCCAAAAUUUGCUACACCAGCACCAGUGCCACCUAAAGUCCAACCAAACGUCGCAACAGGAGCCAGGAGCAAAUCGAUGGUGCCGAUGAAAACGAGAGACCGUUCUUUGAGUAAAGACAGAUUAAUAAAGUUCGAAAAAGGCGGUAAGCCUACCAUAGAGAUCAUAGACCUGACCACAGACGAGGAACCAAGGAAGCAAGAGCGUGGCCGCAGCAUGAGCAGGCGAACGGCGAAGCUGCUUGAAGACUUGUCUACUCCUGUCGAGAGCGAUAUCGGGAUGAGAAUGAUGUUACUGAUGGGGUGGCAGGGCGGCGCGCUGGGGGCUCGCGGCGACGGCAUCAUGGAGCCCGUCAUGCCUAAUAUUGACCAGCCUAGAAGAGGUGGGCUGGGCCAUGUGCCCCCUCCUAAAAUAGUUCCUCGCAAGCCGAUCGACUUCCGGCUGAUGCUGCUCCACAACUUGCUCGAUUUCCUGUUACACGAUGAGUGGAGAAAGGAAAUUCUGUUUAAGGAACCCCUAGUAGAGAGAGAGCGAAAGUUCCUCCACUUCCUCCUCACAUCCGUGAACGGUCAUCAUAACAUACAGUUAACUGAGAAGGAGAACGAGCUCAAAGCGAAAAUCUACUGCAGACUCGCGGACUAUCCUAGCAUGGAGCUCAGGGGCGACAUCUCUAAAGAUCUCAAAACAGUAACCCUACAAAAACUCCUGGACCGUCCGCUGCGGGCGCUCAACAUCAAAAUACCAAAACCAAAGAAUCAGAACCAGCCCCAGAACCAACCCCAGCCCCAGCCAGCCCCUAGCACCCCCAAAACCUCUAAAGCUGAUGUAGACAUUGUCAUAUCUGCAGCUGAUGUCACGAGGAUCAUACCGCACAUAGAUAUCACUCGGAUGGAAGUCGCGGCUACUCCACAGGCGAUCAGGAAGAGAGCCCUUCGGUUGCUGUACCUGACGAAACUAGCAGAAGCACUGAGCUGGGAUUGGUGGGAACGGAUUACGUUUCAAUAUAAAGAAGGCGGCAUCCCAAAGUGUAUAAUAACGUUCAUGCGCACUGUCGUGGUGCACCUCAACAACGGCGACCGCUGCCUCGCGCUGCACGGCGCCGAGGCCCCGCUGUUCGGGGCCUUGCUGGAGGCCAGGGGGGCCUCGCUCGCUGUGAAGUUUGAGCCGAAUUCAAAACUAAUUUUUACCAGGACGCGCAUUAUCAAAGAAGAGAGCUUACCAAAUAAUUUUCCUAAACUCAAAGUCAGCGACAAAAAUAACGAUACCAAAUCAGUCAAUAAUAAUCAACAAGUAAAUAAUAAUAUUAUUAAUGAAAAGAUAACUCCCCGUGAUAAAGAUACGCCAAAAGAAGUAAAUACCGUGAAUAUGGUUGGAAACGUAGAAAGUUCAAAAUGUAAUGGAAUUGUGAGUGCUAGCAAUAAAAUUGACGUACCCGUUAAAGAUAAUGUUAUAUAUAAGAAAUCUCGUAAAAAUGAUGAUCUAGAUGAAAAUAACAUAUUUGUUCAGGCAAUCGAGAAUGCCCCGAAAGACGUUAAUAAUAAUAAAGAUGAUUAUUAUACUCAAAAAUUUUAUGAAAACGCUCUAGGGAGAACAAGUCCAGAGACUAAUAAUGUUGAAAAUAAAACCAUUGAUGAACAUAAGAGUAUAACUGUGCAGAACGGUAAUUUGAAAGACUUAAAAGCACAAUACAAUAACAAUCUGAUUGAAUCAACCGAAACUAAAAUAGAAGGAUUGGAGAUUAUAAUUGAAACCGAUGUUAUUAUAGAACGUAAUAAAGAUAAGGAAAAUUAUAUUUUGAUGAAUAUUGAAGAAAUUAAGAAGGAAAAGACUGAAUUUGAAGCUGAUAAUCUUAAUAUAGCCGGACUAUCUGAUUUAGAUAAAGAUAUACGGGAUUUAGAGAUGACUAUUUUAAGUGCAGAUGCUGAUGUUGCUUGUCAUGUGAAGACAGAAAAUGAUUCUAAUGAUUGUGCUGGUGAUUUAGAAAUGACGAUUUCAGAGACUGAUCUCAGCUUUAUAAUAAAGCAAGAAAACGACGACUCUAAUAUAAGUGGUAAAAGAUCUCAUAGUAAUUCAAUUUGCUCACAAGAACUCGACCCUAAAAAAACUAAAAUUAACACAGAAAGUGAUGAAAAUUUAGUGAUGAUCAAGCCAAAGAAUCCAGACGACAUAUUGACGGAAGAUAUUAUAAAAGAAGUACAAACAGUGAUGGCUAAAGAAUUAGAUAAAGCUGGUGGGUUUUUACCGCUACUUAAAUGUCAUGGCACUCAAAAUGGCGGACUGAUGUACAGUUGCCAUGACGAGGACGAUGUUGCCUGGAUAAAAAAAGUAAUCAGUGAUGCCAACUUAGAUUUAGAAAUCGUUCCUAAUAAAGAUUUUAGUUUAAAAAAGAGAAAUCGAGAGUUGCUUAUCAAAAUUAACAGUUAUAUUCCAUUGGAUACUAAGCAAAUAUUUCGUAAAUUUGAAAUAUACAAUACAGGCUUAGAUACUAAAUUGUGGAAGGUUUCUUACAAACAGGCAUCUAGUACUUUUGUUAUUUUUACAGUUACUGUAGACGAGAAAUCUUUCAAGUAUAUUUCUGAUGAAAAUUUCUCUCUGUACUGUGGUAUAGAUAAAGCUCAAUUUAGUAUUAUUUAUUAAAUUACCUUAUUGUACCUGAUUUAUGUAAGUUUAACACUACCUCGCCAUAUUGUUAAGUAAAGAAUAUAUUUUAUUCUCACAGUUAUAUUCUCUAUAACUAAUAGAAACUACAAGUUUUAUUUGCGAGCAAAUGCGAAAGUUAUAUUUAAAGCCAAUACUUUGCAUUUAACUGUGACCCAUAGAGACAUAAAAUAAACAUAAAGACAUUUACCCCUUAUUCAUAAUACUUUACGAGCCUGAUUUAGUUAAAUUAUGUUUUAUCCUUUUCUCACAAAUAUAUAAGUCAAAAUAACAGAUAAAGACAAACGAUUAAUAGCUAAUUCAGGCCAGUAACGCGUUUAUGAAUAACGCCAUUAAACUCUACUCUAAAAGUAGUAGGUACACAUGAUCGUGGUAGGUACCCGUAUUUUUGAUUAGAUCGUACCGGAUUUCAAUUUCUUUUUGUUUGAAAGUUGUUUGAAGUUCUAGUAAGUUUUGGCAUUUGAAUGUGUGCAUUAUAAUGACAAAAAAAAACUUUAUCUGUAUAUUAUGUAUACGCGACAUUUUCGUAGAUCUUUUCCAUGAAUGCUAGGUACUAAGACUUAGAACGCACUGCGAUUAAUUUCUUGUGGUUUCAGUCUUGCAAGUGCGUGCGCUUAUGAAUCAUGCCCUACGUUACACUAUUUGCGGUUCAGAAACCGCAAGAAAUUAAUCUCAGUGCGUUCUAAGCCUAAUAAAGUUCUAAAUUAGAGUCUUUGAAAAUAUUCUAAAACUCUCCACGUUUUUCACAAUGAAUAAAUACCUAAUAUUGGAAUGGAUAAUAUGCAAAGCGCUGUCUUUCUAAGCUUUUUAGUUAUAUUUUGGGCGAAAAGUCUGACGGACUGUAAUAAUGUUGAUUAUGUACUUGUUGAUUUUUAAUUUAAGUUUAGAAUAUUAAAGCCAUAAGAACAUUGCGGUGUAAUGUUGUACCACUUGCCUUAUAUUAUGUUGUGUGCGCAAAGCGCCAUGUUAUUUUCAUAGUUCGUAAGAUAAGUUUUUAAUUUUUCAGUCGCACUAUUAUAUUACCGGAAUAACUGUACCUAUUUAUACCUAUCUUAUUUUACCAAUAUUGUAGGUAUAAAAGUAAACUUAAGUUUUUUUUAAGCGAACGAAAUAGCGUAAAGGCUGGAAAAUAGAUAAUUAUUAAUACCGGUAUCAAAUACCAAAAGUUACAUCAAAAAGAACCAAUCAGAAAGCAGAAUAACGAUGAAGUAGAACAUGUUUUGAAAAAACGGUACAAAAAAUUUCUACUUAAUUUUGAAUGAGCAAAGUUUGUGCCAUAUAAUUUGUAUAUUGUAUCUACACAUUUGCUGGAUUAACUUUCAUAAAUAAAUAUAAUAAAUAACAUUUCAUUUUUAGGCUGAUUAUCUGCAGUACUUUUUAUACACCAUUUUUAUGAAUGGCCGAGUGGACAUGACAUCCGACUUUCAAACCGGAGGUCGCGGGUUCAAAUCCCGGCUCGUACCAAAGAGUUUUUCUGAAGUUAUGUACGAAAUAUAGUUUGAUAUUUAUCACUAGCUUUUCUGUGAAGAAAAACAUCGUGAGGAAACCUGCAUUCAUCUGCGAAGAAAUUUAAAGGUGUAUGUGAAGUCCCCAAUCCGCAUUGGGCUAGUGUGGGGACUAUAGCCCGAGCCCUCUCGCGCAUGAGAGGAGGCCUGUGCCCAGCAGUGGGACGUAUAUAGGCUAAAUUAUUAUGAACAUAACACUAAUUACAGGUAAUGGUUACAAUAUAAUAAUGUAGCAUUUUAUUCAAAUUACACCUAAGUUUUUGACAUUUUUUACUGACGUUUUUUUAAUGUUAUAAAAUUCUUGUUUUUUUAUUGUGCCACUACCGAUAUACCACUAAAUCUCACCGGUGCCUUACAGUACAGCAGCGUCGUAAACUAAGUGUUAGAAGUUACGUUUUUGUUCUUUCUGUUGAUUUCUUGGAUAACAAAUAAAAGGAUGUCCAAUGAA